ACAGCCUCCCAUUGUGCUUGGGUUAGCGAGGAGGAAGAAGCUUCCAGAACGUUAAAACCAUUUAACGGGUGAGUGUGUGCUUCUUCACAGAAUACCUGCAGGAAUUGGAAGGAAAAUCGGCCAAUACUCUACCCGUUAAGUUAGUGGUUGGUUCGCGCGAGCAGUGAAACGAAUUGGCUUUCUAUCAAUUGUGGUUCCCGUACGGUUUCGAGGCACGAUUAAAGCUACCGGCAUCGUCAACCAGCAGCAGCAGCAGCAGCAAGCACGGCAUACUUAAGCGGUGCAAAAUCAUUAUUACAACACCCCAUCAACACAUAAAGACACAGCAACAGCAAUGGUGUUCGAGACCACCUUCUACGAUAUCCUGGGCGUGCAGCCCUCCUGCACGCCGGAAGAGCUCAAGAAAGCAUACCGGAAACUGGCACUCAAAUAUCAUCCGGACAAGAACCCGAACGAGGGGGAAAAGUUUAAACAAAUCUCGAUGGCGUACGAGGUACUGUCCGAUCCGGAGAAGAAAGCCAUCUACGAUGAGGGUGGCGAGGCUGCUAUCAAGCAAGGUGCGGGCGGCGGUGGUGGCUUCCACAGCCCGAUGGAUAUUUUCCAAAUGUUUUUCAAUGGAGGCUUCUCCGGACGCAAAAGCGAGCGAAAGACGUCAAACCUAAUUCACACGCUAGCCGUAACGCUCGAGGAGCUUUAUACCGGUACCAAACGCAAGCUGGCAUUACAGAAGAACGUUAUCUGCGAGUCGUGCGAGGGUAUCGGUGGUAAGCGGGGUGCAUCGCAGAAAUGUGCCCCCUGCCGGGGGACGGGCGUGAUCACCAAGGUGCAGAAGAUCGCCCCGGGGCUGGUGCAGCAGUGCGAGGAACGGUGCCGGAACUGUCGCGGGCUGGGCGAAACGAUCGACGACAAGGACCGGUGCAAGGAGUGCAAUGGGCGCAAAACGGUGCGGGUGCGCAAGCUGCUCGAGGUGGAGGUGUUAAAAGGCAUGAUGGACGAGCAGCGGAUCGUGCUGCAGGGCGAAGGUGAUCAGGAACCGCACCAUCGGCCCGGUGACAUUGUGCUGGUGCUGGAGGAGAAACCGCACCCGGUGUUCAAGCGCGACGGUCAGGAUCUGAUUGCGCACGUGCAGUUGCAGCUGUCCGAAGCGCUGUGCGGGUUCCAGAGGGUGAUUAAAACGUUGGACGGGCGCGACAUCGUCAUCCAGUCGUAUCCGGGCGAGGUGGUGAAACACCACUCGACGAAGUGUGUGAUGGGCGAGGGUAUGCCGCUGCUGCAGAUGCCGGGAGAGAAGGGACGGCUGAUCAUACAGUUUGUCGUGGUGUUUCCGGAUUCGCUGCCGCCAGAGAUAGUGCCUGAAAUUCGCAAGUGUCUUCCAACCCCGCCGCAGGAACCGAUCCCCGAGGACGGUGAGGAAGUGAACAUGAUGGAUUUCUCGCUAGAACAGUAUCAAAAAGCGAGCGAAGAGGGCAACAGCGGUGAUGGACGAGAUUCCGACCGAUUCCACCACGGUGGCGAACGCGUACACAUGCAGACCUGCAACACAAGUUAAAACACUCACUGCGUGGCGUUUUUUUUUUAUACAAGAGAUAUGGUAACCAUAAGGAAUCACACCUACCAUGAACGGUGAAUCCUGCAGCCCGGUGGUUAUUCUUUAUCUGUUGUAUAGCGGAUGUACCGUUCGAGCCCGUAUUAUAUGCAGUGGGAGAAGGGGGGAGGGGGGGGGGGUUAUUGUUGCUUUAAACUCCCACUUUCACACCCCUCCACUUAUAGUGAGGUUUAUGUUUAGGUCACACCUUCGUGAUAGAAAUGAUCGAUUAGGCAAAAUACUUCCUUUGCACCUACCUUUCUAUUUUUAUCUUCCUUUUUUUGUUGCUGGCCGGACUAAAAUUUCUCAAAAAAAAUUAACUAAAACAACCAAAAGAAGCCAAAAAGAAAACUUCUUUUCUAUUGUGAAACGGACAUUCAGGCAGAUUGAACCCACAUUCAAUCCAAUAUAAUAUCCGGUAUAUCUUUAGAAAUGCUUAAACGUCGUGUGAAAUGAUUGUCAAAUCAUUUGGUAGGUUCGUUCCGCGAAUUGUGUUCGGAUAUUGGUUUUAGCUUUUUUAACUCGAGCACCACUCUUCCUUUCUUUACAAUUGCAGUAUCGCUUUUGGGUUUGCCGAAUAGAGUAUGAAGCAAUUAUGAAUUUGUUCAGUGUACUAAAUAGUGUAUAAAUAAGUGAAUGGAGAGUGACAGAAGCGCAAGCUUGCGUCACCUAUUUAAUACGAUCGUCAGAUGAAUUUGUGUAAGUGUGUACAUACGCAUGCUGAGCUUCACGCAAAACAUGGCACUUUUUUGUCGGUCCGGGGUCAGAAAUCGAUCACGCAAAGCAAGACGACUCUGCUGCUUCUUCUCGUUCCCCAAUAAUAUCAAGCCGCAGAAAAAAGAUUUACACAUACACACACACACACACACACACACACAUAUAUAUGUAUAUAUACACUGCCCAGGCGAGCAGGGAUCUGCACCAACGACAUCGUAACGCCUGUAUUGACUUUGCUGGGUCACAGAAGCAGCUAAUACGUUUUCUUUCUAUUUAAUUUAUACUUCAACAACAACAAUUUAGACCUCAGUGAUUCCCCUAACGUCAGGCGUUUGGUUUUCCGGUAUUAGGGCCUUGCAUUAAUUUUGAUUUGGUUUUUCUUCCACUUAGGUCAACCUUUGGUCAAAUGCUCAUUUUACACUUCCCUUUACUUGUCUUUUGUAUCUCUUGUACUGGAAAAACGAUCAUUAAUUAAUGCAGGCACCGAACAAUAAUCGAAGAUCAUUAUGUAUUAAGAUAUGUCAUGGGCGAAGUGAAGAAGAAGAUGAAGAUAAAGAGAGAGAGAGAGAGAGAGAGAGAGAGAGAGAGUGGGGGAGGGGUCGAAUGUGCGAGAAAAGGAAGAGAGAGAGUCGGAGACAGUGAAGUCGGAGCGGAUCGUGCAAAGCGCAUUGUAAAUGAAUCUUUUGUAAAAUGGCGUCCAAAAAAGAAAAAGAAAAUGGACGGUUCAGAAAUUGGGAGCACGUGUCCGACCGACGUUCUAUAGGGAUUAUUAUCAUACCACUAGGCAAAAUUAAAGGUUUGACCAGGACCAGUGUCAGACCCAACCAACAAAGGUGUAAUUCCGGACCCUAUCCAUGGAUAGGAUAGGUCCAAUCGGUACCUAAUCCAUGGUCGUCUAUUCAUUUAGUUGCUCCUAUAUUGCGCACGACUUCCUGCACGGUACAAGAGUGGUCGAAAUAAAUGGCUGACAAUGUAA